CUAGUCAGAUCCACACCGUGCGCGAGGACUGUGAGGUCUCUCAGCAGGCGCAAUGUUCGGAGCAGGAUUUCUCUCUCUCUCCGUCUCUCCCUCUCUCUCUCGGGUGUAUAUCACACUGCAGUUUUGUCUUUUUAUCCGCAAAUAUCUUUUCUAAUCGCACUCCAGCGCAUUCUGUGGGAUUGUAAUCCUGAAAUCUUCAGAUAAACCGUCGAGGGAUCGUCUUCAUCCGUCCUCCGGUUUUUUUGGGGGAUUUUUUCUUUUUUUUGGACCAAUACAAAAGGAGGCUUGUGUGACUGGAGCCUGGAUUCGCUUUAGAUUCUGGAGUAAAAGAUCUUCUUCACACCCUCACACCAAGCUUUAUACGCAUGCACGUUUGUCCUGGAGAUGAUUUUAGACGUGCAGUAACGAGCCGCAAACUCGUCUAGUCUUUAAAGGAAGUCUUAUUUUUCCUGCAUUUCCUUUAUUAUUUUUUUGCUCCAGCUGAAGCUCUACCCAGGCCUUUAUCCGCCUGCAGUAUUACAUCUCAACAAAUAAUUCGGAUAUGAUCAGAAACCAGAGCUCGUGUGGCUGAAUUGCGUUGCGUAACUGGAAAACUUCAUAAACUCGACUUUUUCGUGUGCGCGCGCGCGCGUGUGUGUGUGUGUGCGUGUGUUUUUUUGUUUUUUUGGCCAUUUUGUUUUACACAAUCUGUGCAGUUGUUUGAAAUUGGAAGUUCUCCAUGGGUUCUCCGUCUCCGAGGCCCAGCUGACGACCUCAGCACCACUCCUUUCCCCCUUUUUGUUAUUUUUCUUUCUUUUCUUCUCCUUCCUUUUUUAUUAUUAGGACAUGUCGUGGGGGAUUUCUCCCUCAGUCAUGAGGCUCGUAUGGAGGAGUGUGACUGCUCUGUGGAUCCUGCUGCUCUCAACACAGGCUGAUGAAGAGGUUUUAAUGAACACCAAGACGGAGACGUCGGAUCUGAAGUGGACCACUUACCCCCGGCCCUCUGGAUCCGAGGAGGCGAGCGGUCUGUGGGAGGAAGUGAGCGGUCUGGACGAGGAGAACAACAGCGUGCGGACAUAUCAGAUCUGUCAGAGCGACGGCUUGGCUAGUCAUUGGCUGCGCAGUAAACUGAUAGCGCGGCGCGGAGCCUCGCAGGUCUACGUGGAGCUGCGCUUCACCAUGAUCGAGUGUUCGUCUCGCAGCACGCACCACCGCUCCUGCAAGGAGACCUUUAACCUCUACUACUAUCAGAGCGACACGGAUGAUGCCACGCCCACGCACCCCGCCUGGAUGGAGAACCCUUACAUCAAGGUGGACACGGUGGCGGCGGACUACCUGCUCCGCAAAGGAGGAGAAAAGAAGUUCAAUGUGAAGACGCUGCGUCUGGGUCCUCUGACCAAACGAGGCUUCUAUUUAGCGUUCCAGGCUCAAGGAGCGUGCAUGGCUCUGCUCUCCGUGCGAGUCUUCUUCAAGAAGUGUCCUUCACUCACGCGCUCGCUGUCCGUCUUCCCCGAGACCAUCCCGCGCUCUCUGGUGCAGGAGGCCGUGGGCGAGUGCGUGAGGAACGCCGCUCUGCACGGACCCAAAGCCAGACCACCGAAGAUGUUCUGUGCCGAGGACGGACAGUGGGUGGACCAGCCGAGCAGCAGCUGCACGUGUUCGCCAGGGUACGAGGCCGGCUCAGGGGAGCUGGAGUGCAGAGCAUGUCCUGCGGGUCACUUUAAGUUGAGUCCUGGUGCCGGUCCGUGUUCUCCGUGUCCCGAGUCAAGUCACACAGGAGAGAUGGGAGCCGCUGCAUGUGUGUGUCGACCGGGAUACCACCGCGCAUCCACAGACACACUGGACAUGCCCUGUACACGCCCACCCUCACCCCCCCACAGCCUCUUCCCUCAAAUUAAUGACACGUCUGUGACUCUGGAGUGGAGCGAGCCGGUGGACAGUGGUGGACGCUCUGACCUCUCCUACAGCGUGGAGUGUCGAGUGUGUGCGACAACCUCGUGUUUGCCGUGUGGCGACAGCGUGAGCUACCGACCCACCCAGCGAGGCCUGACUGGACGCAGCGUCAGCGUCUGGGGGCUCCGCCCACACACCACCUACACCUUUACUGUCACUGCCGUCAAUGGGGUUUCCCUGCUCAGUGUCCAGGGGCCGGCCUCAGAGAGCAUCAACAUUACCACUGGGCAACAUGUUCCAGUGCUGGUCUCAGGGAUCAGGCAGAGCACAGCCACUGAAUCCAGUCUGACGUUACACUGGCCCAUCCCGACACACACUCACUACAACAUCCUCCAAUAUCAACUCCGCUACUGCGAGAAGCAGGAGCGUGGUGUGGAGGAACACUCAUGCCGUUAUAAGGAGAGUGUCAGCAAUCACGUGGUCCUGAGUGACCUUCGCAGGGCGACGCAGUACGAGGUGCAGGUCCGAGCUCGGACUCAGUCGGGGUACAGCAUCUUCAGCCAGGCCAAGUCCUUCAGAACGCUGCCCGAUGAAGACGUCUCCUCUUCCCCGCUGCUGGUGACUGGGAUCCUCAUCGCCGUGGGGAUGAUCCUCCUCAUCGCCGUCGUCUGCCUCGCCAUCUACUGUAUCCGCAAACAGAACCGUCUGAAGGAUCCAGAACUCAGUGAUAAAAAUGGCCAGUACCUCAUGGGCCAAGGAGUGAAGGUGUACAUCGAUCCUUUCACCUACGAGGACCCGAACGAGGCUGUGAGAGAGUUCGCUAAGGAGAUCGACGUCUCCUGCGUGAAGAUAGAGGAGGUGAUCGGAGCAGGUGAGUUUGGUGAGGUGUGCCGAGGUCGUCUCCGAGUUCCUGGUAAAAAGGAGAACUAUGUGGCCAUUAAGACUCUGAAGGGUGGGUACACGGAUAAACAGAGGCGGGACUUCCUGUCUGAGGCGUCCAUCAUGGGCCAGUUCCAUCAUCCCAACAUCAUCCACCUGGAGGGCAUAAUCACAGCCAGCUGUCCAGUCAUGAUCAUCACCGAGUUCAUGGAGAAUGGAGCACUCGACUCCUUCCUCAGACUGAAUGAUGGUCAGUUCACGCCCAUCCAGUUAGUGGGAAUGCUGCGUGGAAUAGCGAGCGGGAUGAAGUAUCUUUCGGAGAUGAGCUACGUCCAUCGGGAUCUGGCCGCUCGGAACAUCCUGGUCAACAGCAACCUGGUGUGUAAAGUGUCUGAUUUCGGGCUGAGCCGGUUCCUACAGGAGAACUCCUCUGACCCCACGUACACCAGCUCACUGGGUGGUAAGAUCCCAAUUCGUUGGACGGCUCCAGAGGCCAUCGCUUUCCGCAAAUUCACCUCCGCCUCUGACGUGUGGAGCUACGGCAUCGUCAUGUGGGAGGUGAUGUCGUUUGGAGAGAGACCGUACUGGGACAUGAGCAAUCAGGAUGUUAUCAAUGCUAUAGAGCAGGACUAUCGUUUGCCACCGCCCCCUGAAUGCCCCUCCCACCUCCACCAGCUGAUGUUGGACUGCUGGCAGAAAGAGAGAACGGCUCGCCCCAGGUUCGCCAACAUCGUCUCCGCCCUCGAUAAGCUGAUCAGAAACCCCGCCUCCCUGAAAAUCACUGCCCAUGAUGGAGCAGGUCCGUCUCACCCUCUCCUGGACCAGCGCUCUGGUCUCUCCUCCUGCAGCUCGGUGGCUGAGUGGCUGAGGGCCAUAAAGAUGGAGCGCUAUGAGGAAAGUUUCAUACAGGCGGGAUACACAUCCAUCCAGCUACUUACUCACAUCAACGCAGAGGAUCUCUUGCGGUUGGGUGUGACUCUCGCUGGCCAUCAGAAGAAAAUCCUCUCCAGCAUUCAAGCUCUUCGAAUCCAAAACAAGAGUCCUAAUAACAUCCUCUACUGACUAACACACACACACACACACACACACACCUGCACAUGCACACACACACACACUCUCUUUCAUUUAUAGACUCAGCUCUUCCUGUGACGUGGACCAAUCAGGACUUUGCUUGCCGUGGAACCAGGAGCUGUGUCUUCUGGACAUCGGAAAACGGCUUGCGAGAACAUUAAAGGUUUAAAAGACGUGACGAAGCGAGUUCUAGAGUCGCCGUGGCAACAGGGGAUGUCAUGAACAAUGGGAGGAGGAAAGGGGAAAAAAAAAGUGCCAUAUUUUGGCGUGACCGCGCCGAGCGCAGGACUUCCAGGACGCGUCACGCUUUCAGAGUAUUUUUCUAACGGAGUGUGUUCAGUGAGAGACUUACCCAGGAUUACGGAGGAGGAACAGUGAGAACUGUGUUCAGGCCGGGUUCUCCACAGGGGUUCUCUGUUCCCUGCUCUUUCCUUUACACACGUGACACUCGGGGGAUUUGAUUUCUUUUCAGUAUCCGGAGUGUGUGCUGUGAGAAAUCACACGCACACACACCUCAACCGAUCUGGAUUUAUUAUUAAUGGCGUGUGAUUAAUGGCGUCCGAUCACUCAGACUGUAGUGGGUUUACACGUUUUCACACGCAUCCUGAACCGAUUACAUUCUUUCUGUGAUCAGAUGAAAACUGAGGUCACACACACACACACUCUCAGUGUUUGAAUCUCAUUUCGAUCAGUGUCCCUGCCUCCAGAUGAUCACAUGACCAUGUAGAGUUGUUCUUUUUGUAAGUGGAGGUCGUUUAAAUUUUUUUUUUUUUUUUUCUUGUUAUAUUUAGGGGUCCAAGCCCCAAAGUCAUCUGAGAGCUAACCGGUUCUGUGGGUUUCACAGAGAGAAAAAACUCUAAAACUGGCUUUUAAAAACAAAAACCCAUGAAAAUCUAAAUAAUGUUCAGGAAAUAAAUCCAUGCAGGAGGGUCUGAGGAUGUGAUUUUAGAGACACUGAGUCCCUGACCCCUGUAACACUACAGGAUAAGAGCAGCAGCUAGGCUAACACCAUUACAGCCGAGGUCAGUAUUCUACACCAGAAUUCUAAUCAUGAAUCAGAAUGAAAUU